AUGGCUGAAUUUCUAGAUGACCAGGACACUCGACUGUGUGACAACUGCAAAAAAGAAAUUCCUGUGUUUAACUUUACCAUCCAUGAGAUCCACUGUCAAAGGAACAUUGGUAUGUGCCCUGUCUGCAAGGAACCGUUUCCCAAAUCUGACAUGGAGGCCCACAUGGCUACGGAACACUGUCAGGUGACCUGCAAGUGUAACACGAAGUUGGAGAAGAGGCAGUUAAAGACUCAUGAGGAGACUGAGUGCCCUCUGCGGCUUGCUGUGUGCCAGCACUGUGAUUUGGAACUUUCUGUUCUUAAACUGAAGGACCAUGAAGAUUACUGUGGGGCUCGGACGGAGCUGUGUGGCACCUGCAGGCGUAAUGUCCUAGUGAAGGACCUGAAGACUCACCCUGAAGUUUGUGGGAGGGAGGAGGAGGAGAAGAGAGUUGCAGGUGCCUUGCCUGCUACUGCUGACGAUGAGCCUUGGAGUCAGGAUGGAACGUGGGUCACAUCUCAUCUCCUCAGACAGAUGCAGGCGCUGGACCCACCCGUGAGGCUGCCCCGGAGGCACCUGCGAGCCUUUGACUCAGACCUUUUCCAUAGUAGGACUGCCAACCAAAGGCACAUGACAGCCCGGUUUCCAAUUCAGAAUAAUCUGUUUGAAGAACAAGAAAGGCAGGAGAGGAACAGAAGCCGCCAGCUCCACAAAGAAGGUGGUGAAGAUAGUGCAAACUUGGACUUUAUGUUGGCCCUAAGUCUUCAAAACGAGGGCCAGAUACCCCAUGUGGCAGAACAGAACUUCUGGAGGGCUGUAUGUGAGGCAGACCAGUCCCAUGGCGGGCCCAGUGCUCUGAGUGACAUAAAGGGUGCGGCCGGUGAGACCAUGCUGCCUUGUGAGUUCUGUGAGGAGCUCUACCCAGAGGAACUGCUGAUCGGUCACCAGACGAGCUGUAAUCCUUCGUGUGCCUUACCUUCGCUCAGUACGAGCAGCUCUUCCCCCAGAGUGGAGGACCCUGAUGUCAUCUUGCAGAAGUUUCUGCAGCAGGCUGACCAGUUAGAGUCUUUGAUGGGCCUGACUGGCUCACCCUCCAUAGAGGACAGCAUCAUCAUCCCAUGUGAAUUCUGUGGGGUGCAGCUGGAAGAGGAGGUGCUGUUCCAUCACCAGGACCAGUGUGACCAACGCCCAGCCACCGCAAACCACCCUGUGACGGAGGGGUUUCCCAGACAGGAGUCCCAGCCUCGCGAGCCCUCAGCAGAGCUGCCCAGGAGGCGUGUCAGACACCAGGGGGACCCGUCUUCUAGCUACAUGGAUGAUAUCAAGCAGCAAAUGGCUAAAGCACCCACCUACCCUCUGCCCGCCAGCAGACCUCUUAACAAUACGACUGCUGCCUGUGACCGACUGUCAAAGUCUACACCAGGCCCCAGGCCUGGCUGCCAGCCCAGUCCUCCACGUGUACUGAAGCUCAACAACUCGGACACCCAGGACAUCCGGGGACGGGGCCAAAACAGCCAUAAUGGGGCCAUGGCCCCUGGGCACGUUUCAGUCAUUCACCCUGUUCGAAACCUCUACCCAGAAGCCCUCGUGCCCUCCUUCCCCCGUGGGCCUGCAGGGAGAUACGGAGUGAGCGGUAGGAGUGACGGUGGCAGGAGCUCCCGGGCCACACCCCCAGCCACUAGCUACCGCAACAGAGCUGCAAAGGCAAAAAGCCCCAAACAGCAGGGAGCUGGGGACGUGGAGGAAGAAGAGGAGUAA